AUGAAGGUUAUAACUUGGAAUUGUCAAGGAGCAGUGUCUAAGGGCUUCCUUAGAGCUGCUAAAUGGAUUGUUAGUAAGCACCAUCCCAAUAUCUUCUGCCUUUUGGGAACGAAGACUUCGGGUGCCAAUGCGGAUAACGUUUGCAUCAAGCUUGGUUUUGAGAAAUGGGCGAGAGUUGAGACUCUUGGGUAUAGUGGGGGAAUUUGGAUUCUGUGGUCUGAUGUUUUGCAGGUUGAUGUUCUCAACUCUCACCCUCAGUUCAAGCACAUGGCAUUUAAAGAGCCUUCAGGUAAAAUGUGGAACUUCUUAGUGGUCUAUGACAGUCCCUCGCUUCAUCUCUGGCGGCAGCUUUGGAGCUCCUUAAGCAGAACUAAGGUUCGGGUUAACCAUCAUUGGCUCAUUGCAGGGGAUUUCAAUGCAAUUGUUAGUAAUGAGGAGCCUUCGAACCCCUGCAAUCCGGGAAGCCAUAGGAACGGGGAUUUCAAGAAUUGGAUUUUUAAUGAAGCUUUGGUUGACCUGGGGUUUUCGGGUUAG